CUUAACUCCUAAUUACUCUGUGUCUGUUACAGGAAUCAGUCAUGGGACUGCUGCUACCUCUCCUUCUUGCUUUACUCUCCUGUUUGAUUGGAGGACUCUACCUACUUGGUGUGUUUCGACGGCACCGACCAGGUGAACCCUCUUUGGAUAAGGGGCUCAUCCCUUGGCUGGGUCAUGUCUUGGAGUUUCGCAGGAACACAUUAAAAUUCAUCGAGAGGAUGAAGCAAAAACACGGCGAUGUGUUCACAGUGCAGCUGGGAGGGUGUUAUAUCACAUUCCUUCAGGAUCCUCUGUCGUUUGGGGCUUUUGUUAAGGAGAGUCGAGAAAGACUGGACUUCAGACCGUUUGCUAAACAGCUGGUGCAGAGAGUGUUUGGAUAUGUGGCAGAGGGGGAUGACCACACCUUUCUUCAGGUCUCCAGCAACAAGCACCUCAAGGGGGACGGCCUGAAGAUAUUAACACAAGCUAUGAUGGAUAAUUUGCAGAAUCUGAUGUCUCUUGAAAUCGGCUCAGGAGCAGACCAAAGCAGCUGGAAAGAAGAUGGACUGUUUAUGUACAGCUACAAUAUCCUUUUCAGGGCCGGCUACUUAUCUCUGUAUGGCAAUGCAUCUCCCAAGUCAGAAGAAAGUGAGGAGAAAGCCAAAGAGAAAGACAGAGAAGAAUCUGAAGCCUUGUUUAAAGAGUUUCGUAAAUAUGACCAACUCUUCCCCGACCUGGCUUACGGGGUCCUCUCACCAAGGGAAAGGUUAGAAAAACAGAGGCUGAUGGAACUGUUCUGGAACACUCUGUCGGUGCAGAAGAUGAAGAUGAAGAACGAAAUCAGUGGCUGGAUCUGGGACAUGCACCAGUAUCGAGAGGAGAAUGGUAUGAAGGAAUCAAUGAUAAGCAGAUACAUGUUUGUGCUUCUUUGGGCCUCUCAGGGCAACACAGGGCCAGCUUCAUUCUGGCUGCUCCUCUUCCUCAUGAAACACCCAGAAGCCAUGAGAGCAGUGAAGGAAGAGAUUGAUAAGGUUCUGAAGGAAUCAGGGCAGGAAGUCAGACCUGGUGGCCCUUCUAUCAACCUGACCUAUGAAAUGCUGAUGAAAACACCCAUCCUGGACAGUGCUUUGGAAGAGACCCUCCGACUCUGUGUUGCACCUGUCCUCACCAGAGCUGUGCUCCAGGAUAUGACCCUCAAGAUGGCAGAUGGGCGUGAAUAUAUCAUCCGCAAAGGUGACAGAUUGGCUAUGUUUCCUUAUUGUGCUGUUCACACUGACCCAGAGAUCCACCCUGACCCACAUUCAUUCAAAUAUGACCGCUUUCUGAAUCCUGACGGAAGCAAGAAAACAGACUUUUACAAGAAUGGGCAGAAGGUGAAGUUUUACACCAUGCCCUGGGGCUCUGGGGUCUCCAUGUGUCCCGGGCGUUUCUUUGCCUCUAAUGAGAUGAAGCAGUUUGUUUUCCUGGUGUUGGCCUACUUUGAGAUUGAGCUGAAGAAUCCUGAGGAGAAGAUACCUGAAUUCGACUUCAGCCGAUGGGGCUUUGGAUCCAUGCAGCCUAACAGAGAGGUCCAGUUUCGAUACCGACCAACAUUUUAAACCCAACUAAUCAUUUUGACAUCUCUGUCAAAAUAUUUUUUUGAUCUUGAUCAAGUCUAUAAGCUUUCAUUUGAAAAUUAUGCCUCUGAUGAAUGUUGGAUUCCACAAUGAAGUUUUACUUUUAUUAUUGUACCAGUGACAAUAACAUUAAUUGUGUCAAUAAAAUGUUUUUGAAUAUUUUGUGCGAUAAAUACAUUUCCAACCUAAAUAUAAAGUCAUCUAAAUAACAGUUGACAUGACCAAUUUUGUGUUUCCUUAGCCAGGUUUACUCAUAUGUAAGAAAAUAAGCUGUUAUCUUUAGUAGCUUCUAGCAUUAUUUAGCGAGUCAUAUCUGUUGAGUGUCAGGGAACUGGUUUCAAAGGAAUGGUCAGAAGAUAAAGGUUAGGUCUUACUUGUGAAAAUCAUCUGUCCAAAAGCAGCACCUGUAGUGACUUUAACAUGUGUGCUGAUUUCUGAAAAUGAUGACAGGGCCUGUUUAUAUAAAGUGAGUGUAGUAGACAUUUUUUUUUUGUCUUUGAUAAGUGAGUAACACCUGUAAUCAUCAUGUCUCAAAAUAAAAAUAACUUUGUAAACAUC